AUGAAAGGUGAUGACUUGUUUGGUAAUAAUGCUUAUGAUAUGUGCCUGUUGCCCAAUGUUAAGAUCCAUGUCAAAUUCAAGGUCCCUGACUUUGAAAAGUACAAGGGUAAUUUUUGUCCAAGUCACUUGACUAUGUAUUACCGGAAGAUGGUUACUCACAUUUAUGAUGCUAAGUUACCGAUCCAUUAUUUCCAAGAUAGUUUGACUGGUGUAACUUUGAAAUGGUAUAUGAGGCUAGACAACGCUCAUAUAAAAUCUUUCAAUGACCCUGUAGAGGAGUUUGUACGUAAGUACAAGUAUGAUUUAUACAUGGCUCUUGGUUAUGACCAAUUUUGUGCCAUGUCACAGAAGGAUAAGGAAUCGUUCAAAGAAUCCUCUCAGAGAUGGCGUGAAGUUGUUGUUCAAAUUCACCCUCCGAUGGAGGAAAAGGAGAUGACAAGGAUGUUUUUCAAAACUUUGAGUUCUUUCUACUAUGAGAGGGUGGUUGCUAGCGCUUCAAAUGAUUUCAUUGAAAUGGUUGGUAUGGGAGUCAGAUUAGAAGAAGGCGUCAGAGAGGGUCAUUUGAUAAAAGAAGCAAGUUCAUCAAGUGGAACAAAGAAGGAUGACAACUGUUUCUAG